AUGUCAGAAGACAAGGCGGGUGAUGUGCUCGUGAAUAAAAACAAGCGCUUUCGCAAGGAUAAGCCAUGGGAUACUGAUGAUAUUGAUCAUUGGAAAAUUGACAAGUUUACACAAGAAGAUAACCCUCAUCACUUUUUGGAAGAGAGCAGUUUUGCCACCCUCUUCCCCAAGUACCGCGAAAAAUACCUUCGCGAGAUCUGGGGACAUGUAACAACUGCAUUGGAAAAACAUGGUGUUGCUUGUACUCUCGACCUUGUGGAAGGAUCGAUGUCAGUACGUACAACACGCAAGACGUUUGAUCCCUACAUAAUCCUGCGAGCCCGCGACUUGAUUAAGCUGCUAAGCCGAAGUGUGCCCUUUGUACAGGCUGUUAAGGUGUUGCAAGAUGAUAUGGCCUGUGAUGUAAUUAAGAUUGGGAAUAUCGUGAGGAAUAAAGAGCGGUUUGUAAAACGCCGUCAGCGCAUAAUUGGUCCCAAUGGCAAUACACUCAAAGCCAUCGAGUUACUCACAGGUUGUUAUGUGCUUGUGCAGGGAAAUACUGUUAGUGCAAUGGGAACAUAUAAAGGUCUAAAGGAAGUACGGCGUAUUGUACUAGACUGUAUGAAAAACAUCCACCCUAUUUAUCACAUCAAAGAGCUCAUGAUAAAGCGCGAACUGGCCAAAGAUCCAAAACUGGCCAACGAAUCGUGGGAUCGAUUUUUGCCUAAAUUUAAGAAACAAAAUGUCAAGGCAAAGAAGCCCAAGGAGACGAUUAAGAAGAAGACUUACACACCCUUUCCACCGCCUCAGCAGCCUAGUAAGCUCGAUCUUCAACUUGAAAGUGGUGAGUACUUCCUCAAACCACAAGAGAAGAAGAAGAAUGAACUGGCCAAAAAAAUGCAGGCUCAAGCUGAGCAUGCUGUCAAGCGCGAACAAGAGCGAGAAAAAAUGUUUAUUGCUCCUGAAGAGCCUCUACCCGGUCAAGAGACAAAGAAGAAAAAGCACAGUAAACACGAAGAUCAUGAUGCCAAUGAAUCCAAGGCCGAAAAGAAAGCUCGAAAAGCCGAAAAGCAGGCGCGCAAAGCUGAUAAAGAAAGGAGCAAGUCGAAGAAGCGUAAGCAUGCAGAUGAUGAUUAG